ACUCUAUCCCUUCACCACCACCACCUUUACUAUCUAUCUCAAACAACUCUCUCAAAACCUAAAAUGGCCAUUAGAAAAUCAAACAAACUACCACAAACUGCAGUUCUCAAGCAAAUUCUCAAGAGAUGCUCAAGCUUGACAAAGAAACACAGCUAUGACAACGAUGACAAUGGUCUUCCUCUUGACGUACCAAAAGGCCAUUUUGCAGUCUAUGUGGGAGAAAAUAGGAGCAGACACAUUGUUCCAAUCUCAUUCUUGUCUCAUCCUCAAUUCCAAUGCCUUCUUCGACGUGCUGAAGAAGAGUUUGGCUUCGAUCACGAUAUGGGUCUCACAAUUCCUUGUGAAGAAGUUGUUUUUCGAUCUCUAACAUCAAUGCUUGGAUGAGAGUGUGAUGAUUAUUUCUUUGGAGAGAGAUGACUAAGAUGAAGCAGUAUUAAAAAGUACUACUGCUCUUUUUUUAACAUCUUUCUUCACUUGUAGUUUUUUUUUUUUUUUUGGUUUUUUAAAACCCUUUUGGAGGUUUGAUUGUUUGAUGACUUUUUUCUUUUUUCUUUUUUUUUCCGGGUUAGAUUUGUAUAAAGUUUGGGAUUUUUCCUCAUAGAGGUGUGUUGUUAUAACCCUGUGAGAGAACUUGAUGUUUAAGCAAGGAAACUGAUU